AUGAAAGAAUAUCAAGAUAUAGCCACAGAAUCAGCUAAAGUAAUCUCAUCCCUCGUAAAAGAUGAAGAGUUCGACCUAAACAUCAUUUAUGAAUUUUUAAGCCAAAUCCCUUCUCCAAGCAAACUCAAAGAAAAUGUUUUUUACCCAGAACUGGCACCCCCAUCAUUAGCCAGCAAAAAAAGAAAAAGAAAAGAAAAUUUUGACCCAGAGCUGGCUGGACAAAGGAUUCUUGUAGAUAGUGACUCCUGGGCAAUCAGAUAUAAACAAUCUAUAGGCCAAAUAUGAAAAGAGCUCACUGAUCUUAGCCUAGAAGCGGCAGAUAUAAAGUUUUUACUGAAAGCUUUAUGCAAAUAUGGGCUGCCGAAUGUGUCAGAUCCACUGAUGUUUUCAGAUUUUUAUUUAAAAUCUUUUGAUAAUGGUGGAAAUACUGCAGUUUUAGCACUAAGUGGCUUGUUUAUACUGAUGACAAAGCAUGGGCUUGAAGCUAAACAAUACUAUAUGAAGCUUUACCAGCUAAUUCGUACACAGUUACAAAAAGGAAAAACUCUUUCCAAAAGCUUUUUGAAGCUUUUAGAGCUCUCUUUAAGCUCUCCUAUGCUCCCAUCAAGCUUGAUAGGGUCUUUUAUCAAAGUCUUAUUAAAAGAGUCCUUACUUUCUCCAGUAAGCACAACUUUGUGGGCUGUAGCUUUUACAGUAAAAAGCUUUAAAAUCCACUCAGGACUUUUACCAAUGAUAAACAAUAAUCACAAAGAAGACAAAUUCAAUUAUGAAGAAUUAUACCAAUCACCAAUAAUUUAUAAAUAAAAUUAUUCCUAUAUUAAAAACUAUUUAAUUCAGCCAAAUUCAGCAUAAACCCUUUAUACACAAAAUCAAUAGAAAGCUCCCUCUGGGAAUUAAUGAUACUGAAAAAGCACUACCAUCCCAAAAUCAGAGAACUCGUCACAGAGUUUGAAAAACCAGUAGAAAAAAUGGCCAGAGUGACUACAGCUGAAGUAAUGAACUUAGAAGUCCCUCAGAAAAGACCAAAACUAAACCCAAAGCCAUUUAAAGGUAUUUUUAACUAA